AUGAGGGUUCUUCUUCAAGGCAAAGACGCGUGGAAAAUACACGUCCGGGAUGAAAGUGAUUUUAGCUUUAGAAUUUUAUGGAGACUUCAGUUACAAAAAGGCAAGACUCUUGAAGCGCUUUUUACAGCAGAGACAGGGCGAGCACAAGCUCUUAUGGAUCUCAUGAAAUCGCAAUUUGGCGUCAGAAAAACAAUUCGCAAUUCGUCAAAACCGCAAAUGGAUCUAACAAUUUCUAGUAUUUCAAGUCAUAUUACGUCACCGACGCUAUUUCUGGCGGAAGAUACAAAUAUUAAUGCAGUGUAUUUCUGGUUACUGCUUAAUGGACAGCAAUUUAACUUUUUUCAAAAGGAAGUCAGUGAUGAUUUGACGUCAUUGACUCACCAGGCAUACGAAGAGAUUGGUGUCAGCCGUGGCGUGAAGUGCAAGAAUCACUCCUUAGAUGAGCCAGAAGUAAAGAAAUUGAAAUCUUCUCUGAAAGGGGUACAGAAUUGACGUCACAGCAAGUCGAGGGUGGUACUUUAAGAACAUUGUAUGACAUGGUUAUAGCUCCUUUUUCACACUUAAUAGAAGGUGAUGAACUCAUCAUUAUCCCUGAUCGUUCAUCAUUUUUUAUUCCUUAUGCUGCUCUUAUGGACCAGCAUUCCAGGCAUUUGUCUGAAAAGCUGAGAAUUCGACUGGCUCCAACACUAACAUGCUUGAGGCUGCUGGCAGAGUGUCCGGAAGGCCGCCAUAGUGCAUCUGGUGCACUGCUUGUUGGUAAUCCGUGGUUGAAGACUGUACCCAUCAAAAACAGCAGACCAUUUAAACAGCUCCCGGGUGCUGAGAAAGAAGUAAAAAUGAUUGGACAGAUUCUUAACAUUGAGCCUCUUACUGGUAAGAACGCUGCAAAAUAUCAAGUUUUAAGCAGGCUUCCCUCAGUUUCUUUAGUACACAUGGCAACUCAUGGUUGUGCAGAAACCGGUGAAAUUUAUUUGUCUCCUAAUCCCGCUAGUAUGGAGAAACACGAAGAGAAAGACUCACUUUUGACGAUGGCAGAGGUGUUAGAUACACAAUUACGCGCCAAGCUUGUUUUCUUAAGCUGCUGCCACACCGCACGAGGGGAGAUCAAAGCCGAAGGCGUGGUUGGAAUGACGCGUGCCUCUUUAGGAGCCGGUGCACGCUCUGUUAUUGCGUCACUGUGGGAGCUUGA